GGCGGCCGCGGCGCAGCAGCAUCGCAGCACCGCAGCGGGGGUCCCCAACCACCGCCGGUUGCCGGAGGAGCCCGGCCAGAUUAAUUUCUUGGUUGUGAAGAAGUGUGAGCGCCUCGUGCCCUAAUGGGGGACUCAGGAUCCAGGCGAUCAACUCUAGUGUCUCGGUUGCCAAUAUUCAGAAGAAGUAUUAGCCGGAGACAUGACUCUCUCCCUUCUUCACCUUCCUCUGCCAGCACUGUGGGUGUGCACACCUCCUCCCCAUCCAGCACUAACUCCAGCUCAGGGAGCACAGGCAAGCGCCGGAGCAUAUUCCGAACUCCUUCCAUUAGCUUCCAUAACAAAAAGGGGGUGGAGCAAAAGCCUGAUGCUGCCAGCCAGAAUGUUAACGUCUCAAAUGGCGCCCAGCCCUCUCUCAGUACUUUUCAAAAACUGUGCCUGGAGGAACACAUUAAAAGCAGAGGAAGGCAUUCGGUUAGCUUUGGCAGUUCGCGUAGCAAGAAGAUAACAAGGUCUUUGACAGAUGAUUUCGAAAAAGGAAAGGAAUCUUCAGCUAAUAAGAAUGUCUUCAUAAAUUGUAUAAGCUCUGGCAAAAACGAGGGUGACGAUUCUGGCUUUGUGGAGGAACAGAGCCGCUACUCUGUCAAACAGUCCACACGAAAACUUCUCCCUAAAUCUUUCUCAUCGCACCACAAGUUUUCCAAACCGGUUCCACAGAGUCAAUCAGUUUCUUCUGUGCAGCAGACUGGGUGCGUGCUGGAGAUAAAAUCCUAUGUUGAAAGUGAGCCAGUGAUUGCCACGUCCUCUUCUCCGUGCUCAGCUGAGGUGAUGGAGUGCAUGGGGAGUGCUUUGCAGUCUCCACUGCUCUCGGCUGACCUCACGGCUGUCCAGACCCCCUCUGACUUCAUAACCUUGACGGAGGAUUCUGUUUCAGAGGUUGAUGCUCUGCCCAGCAGUGGGAAUGGUGUGCUGCUAGCAGAGGAUUUUGGCCAUAGUGUCUCUACCUCUCAGAUAAUCUUUAAUCCUGCUGCUGUUCCGGUGAAGGAAAUGGAUUAUGUGGGAAGUCCUUGCCAGUCUGCUGCUGUAUCUCCUGCAAGUCAUGCAAGCUUGUGUAGUGUUGAAUCUAAUACUUUGUUCAAAACUUCAGCUGCUAAUCAAACGAAAGUAUCAUUGCAAGCCAAUGAACUACAUGUUACAGAUGCCAGGCACAAAGGAGAAAUGAACUCAGCAAAGGUGAAGUUAGAAACCUUUGCAUUACAGCAUAAAGAAGAACUGGGGAUGCACUCUCCAGCAGCUAAGGAGUUGAGUGGGGACCAAGAGGAAAUCACGUUCUCCAAGCACAAGAGAGAAACAAUUCCUGUAACAGAGCCUAAGAUUAUUCAGUGUUCUGAAUCUCAGUCCUUUAAAACGCAACAGGGAUAUGAAACAAACCAUCCUAACGUUGAUCUUGCCAAUAGCUUCAGUCCAUACCGAGAAGGCAGAUUUAUUGAGAAGAGACUCAGAUCCUCCUCGGAAGGCACUGCUGGAAGCAGUCGACUGAUCAUAAAACCAAAGGAUGGCAAUGCAGAAGAACUUAACAGCCUACGGAAGCAGAGAGCAAGCUCAUCCUCUUCAAAAAUGAACAGCAUGGAUGUUUUGAAUAACUUGGGUUCCUGUGAGUUAGAUGAAGAUGACCUAAUGCUUGAUUUGGAGUUCGUAGAAGAACAACAUCACCAUCGUACUGUUUGUCGAGAAGACUCGUACCAGUCAAUAGUCUCAUGUGCUGCUGUAGUACUUACCCCAACAGUGGAUACAAGGAAGAAAGAACAGAUGCCAAAACCUGAAGCGUCUAAACAGAACCUCUCUUUGAAACUGUCGAAGGAGGUAGAACAAGGAGAAGCCAGGUAUCCCCGAAUUAGCCAGCUGGCUGGCAGCCCAUCUGUGGAGUGGCCUUUUACUGGUUUGGAAGAAGGUGGAGGCAUUGAAUCUUUGCCCUUCAGACUGAUGCUGCAAGAUUGCACAGCUGUAAAGACAUUGCUACUGAAAAUGAAGAGGGUUCUUCAGGAGAGUACAGACAUGAGUCCAGCUAGCAGCACCACCUCACUCCCUGUUAGCCCUCUUCCCGAAGAGCCGUUAUUUUUUAAGGAUGGAAUAAAAGAUGAAUGCUCAGUGCUGAAGCUGCAGCUGAAGGAGAGAGAUGAACUCAUAGCCCAACUUCGUGAGGAACUGGAAAAAGCUCAGUGUUUGCAGAAGGCUUUUGCUUCCCAGGCAGAUAAAUCCACACAGACAGAACUUUUUGGCCAUGAUGCUACAUAUCCAAACAGAAUUGUGAGCCAAAAUCUCAGCACAAGGGACAGAAAGUCAGCACAUAUUCCCACCGAGGACCCUUUUAGAUACUCAAACAGCCAAGCAACGGCCUAUGAAAGCAAGAGCUGUCAACUGUCUAAUUUGUGUCUGAGCAACCUCCUGAAAGAGAAGGAGAUAGUGGAAGUCAUCAAGCAUACUAGAGGAGCCUACGAAGCCCUCACUUCGGAGGCCACCCAGAAUGGUUUGGCCACCACGGCACCUAAAACAGCAAAGCCUGCAUCUCAGACAGACCGCUACCCACCAUUCUCAGGAGCUCCAAAAGACCAUACUGCUGUACCUCAGCAGCACACCACUUUCACAGGCAGACUUGGACAGCCUCCAAGGGGACCCAUCUCUUUACAUAUGUACAGCAGGAAAAAUGUUUUCCUUCACCACAAUUUACACACAACAGAGCUGCAGACUUUAGGUCAACAAGAUGGGUAGCAAGGUUCUUGUCUUCUUGCCAUAGAGUGUGAGUUCACUGCAAGGAAACAUAAGCUCACACAGAGCUGAAUAAUAAGUUUUUACCUACUGCUACCUUUACUUGAAAAAAAUAAAUUAAAAAUUAAUGUUCUCUAGGUUUCAUACUUUCCCAUCUGGAACUGUAGGAAAAGGGUAAACUAGAUUGCUACAUAACUAGGUUGGUUUGUCACACAAAAGUCACUAUGGUAGAAUAAAAGGGACUGUUGGGCUGGCAUUGCUGGUCCAAAGUUGGCUGUUUUUUUUUUUUCUUUUGUUUCUAGAAAGCCGCUAACAUCCCCUGAAGUUCUAGAAAGUGGUCUUAAAUAAUAGUGUAUGCUUAACAAUGUUACUGUUAAAGUAGAUGUGAGGAAUGAAUAGAUAAAUAAUUUGUAAACCCUACUGAAUUACAUAGAGAGUAAAAAAAUAAAGAGUAAGAAGUCUCUGAACCUCUUAAACCUACAGUGAAAUUUGCUCAUUUGUAGAUGUGUGUUACCACUUCUUGCUGUACAUGUUUAAUCAAGGCCUCAUGCCACAAUUAGAGGAAGUGACAUUUCUUCAUCUACAAGAAAGAUCACAGAGGCUCACUGGGUAAUUGAAUCAGAAUAAUUGGAACAGAAAGUAAGGAUGACAACUUGAUUUCUCAACCUUCUUUUUCCUCUCCCUACCUUUUUUUAGCUACAUUUGUUCUGGUCUUUUUGUUCUGCAAGCACACAUCACAUUGAGGUGAUGGUUGUUCUCUGCAGACGCUAUAUCGCUCAUGACACAAUGUCACAGUCUAUGUUACCAGGGCUGCUCUGAAAGUAAUGCUUCCUGUUUUAUUAUGUUAGCAUGUGGUAUCAGAAGUGGAUGUUAGUGGUAUGAUAGAGGUUGAUCCUUUCCAACAGUAUUCCAUUACAUUUUGUUGCCAUGCAACAGAUGGCAGCAGAAGAGCAAUCUGAAAAAAUGGUGUCUGAUGGAAGUAUACACAAAGCAAAGGUGUAUGAAUUCCUUCAUGCGGAAAAAAGGCACCCACUGACAUUUAUCGAUCCUCACUGAGCAGUUAUGGAGACAAAACAGGGCAUGUGAGCACAAUGAGGUUAUGAGUGAUGUGCUUCAGCAGUAGUGAUGGCAACAGUGGUUUACCCCUGCUGGUGCAGAUGUUUAGGAGCAUUGCAUGCAGGCUCUUGUUCAUCACUGGUAAAAGAUGUAUAGCUAAGGGUUGAAAACUAGUACUGUGUAGCUGAGAAUUUGCUCUAUCAAAUAGUGUUAUUGUGCUCUUUGUAUCUAUUGUAGUUUCCAUGGAGAUAAAAAGCAUUCCUUUCAGAGCAGCCUCUAUAUAAUGGAUUGUAUAACUUCAUUUCACUUGCUGAAUUAAAAAAAAAAAAAAAAAAAAAAAAGUGAAAGAUUAUAUUAAGUGAAAUUAUCAUAUUACUGAGUCUAAACUAUCUGUGUAAAUCGUAAUUUCUGUGGACCAUAUCUGCACUUCAUGGCAUAUAGUAACUCAGUAGGUUUGCUAGUCUUGACAUGUUAAAUGCAAGUGAGAUGAAGCAAAUACUACCUGACAUGCAGCUUGCUGAUCUCAUGGGAACAUGAAUUCAUUUGAUCAUGCUACAGAACCCAAAGGCUUGUCAGCACCAGAAGAACUGGUUCUCCCCUUUUAUAGGGCUUGAAAACAAGUAUCAUGGACAGGAUGCUGUAAACAUGUGGUACAUACUGAACAUGACAGUUUGCAACCUCUCUUAUGGCAGCUAAUCUGUUUGAAUGAUAUUAGGAUGUAUAGUUAGUAGCUUAUAAAUAAUCUGGAUGUUUAAAUAUGACUGAGGCAGAUCUGAGACAAGUCACACCUCUGUUUAACUGGUGAUAGAUAAUGAAAGGCAAGGGAAUAGCACAUUCUCACACAAAGAAACAAACUAGUGUGAUAACUAAAGUAGCAAACGAUGCCAAAAGAUUUUGUAACUUCUAGUAACUUUUAAAGGUAAGUGACACAGGGCAUAUAAAAGGAAUUAAUGAGACAAAUCCUACCUAAUGUUAAACAUAUCUCCUAAACUACUUAAUAUUUAGAUGAAGGCAAGGGUUGGAUACGUUAACAAUUAGAUUAUGAGCUUGACAGAUAUUCUGCGAAGUUCAGCAGCCUAACCUUUCAGAAUUCUAUUUCUUGAGGGUUUUAAUUAGAGCAGAGGAAAUUGAAUAAUGUUAUCUGAUGUUGAAAAGACCCAGUUUUGUCUAAGUAUGUUAUGAUGAUAAUUUUGAGUGUCCUGAGCUGGAUACAUAAGGAUCAGUAUAAGCAUUUGCCAAACGUUUUUUGUGAUUUUAUACAUUUAUGUGUAUAUUGCCAUUGCCAAAAUAGAAAAAAAAAUUGCAAACACAGCUUGACCGAAUUAACUAUGGGUUUUAAAGACUCAUAGGCCUGCACUGAAACUGAUAGUUUAAACUCUACCAAAAAGAAAUAGUAAUGACAGAAUUUCACUAUUAAGACUUAUCUUUUUCUCUAAGCAGUCUCUUACAGUCAUGGUAGAUUGAAAGCACAGUUAGUUAUUGAUAACAAUAUAUUUCAGUCUUGCUAAUCUCAAGAAUUGAUGUAUGCAAUUAUAUUUCAGAUCUGUACAUAAAUUAACAUAUAUUGCAAUCAAGGGUAUUUUUUCCAGGACACAGAUAUGCAACAACUACAUUUAAAAACAAAAUAAUAAUAAAA